UAUAUAUUUAUGAUCGCUUAUUAGAUUUUUAGCCGGUGUGAAGACAUUUUUAACAUUCGCGGCAAAACGGGUGUGAAUGUUUGGUAUAGUAAAAUUAAAAAAGGGUUGGCUUUGAGAAAAGUUUAUACAUAUUAAUUUAAGAAUAACUAGUAAUACUAUUAAAGAAAACAUCUCUGUGAAGCCGGUGCGUAGCGACCCAACUUUCUACCUUUCGUAAGUGCUUUGUUUGCACGCGGGAACAACACGCAUCCCAGACCUCGACACAUUAGGUGCAUGAGAACUAAUUUAAGCUAAAAUGCCGUCAAUAAACUCAUCUGAUUUCCUGGACAUGGCUGGUAACAUAUUAGAGCGAAUGGAUAUACGAGACAGUUCAUCGCCGGGGUUGCUAGAUGUGAAAAUUAAUCUCACUGGAGUAGCUCAGCACGGUUUCGCCACAGCCAGUGGACUGAAUGACUAUGAUUAUCAAAACAUCUCUAGUUUAUCAUUGGGCCCUAAGUCUGCGAUGCAAGUGCACACAGUCAAUAAAAUUCCAAUCCCAGCAGAGAUUUUAGAGCAUUUCAAGCAUAUAAAGUGCCAUUGUAUGAUGGGAUUGUUUCCCGAAAUCGGUAGAGCGUGGUUGACUAUUGACUCUGAAAUUUAUAUUUGGACUUAUGAGCAAGCGCGUGAUGUUGCGUACUACGAUGGACUAAAUCAUUUAAUUGUCAGCGUGGGCUUGGCGAAGCCUAAAGCUGGUGUAUUCAUUAACGAUGUGAAAUAUUUAUUAAUUUUGACAACGCCAAUUGAAAUUAUUGUAUUGGGCGUAACAUUUGGUGAUACCACCAAAAUUAUUUCAUCCCCCAUGCGAAACAUGCAAAGCACCACAACUUUCGAAGAAAUGCAACUAAUGAAUAAGCCAAUAUUCAUACUAAAUUCUGAUAAUGUCGCUAUUAAUGUUGUACAAUGUAGUCAGAAUGGACGUAUUUUCCUUGGUGGACGGGAUGGUUGCCUUUAUGAAAUCGAUUAUCAUGCAGAUUCUAGUUGGUUCGGAAAGCGUUGCAAAAAAAUUAAUCACUCUCAAAGUGUUGUGUCCGCCAUGGUUCCUAGUUUUCUGAAACUCUUUACUGAUAAUGAUCCAAUCGUUAAUAUCGUAAUCGAUGACAAUAGGCAACUUCUAUAUGUAUUAACGGAGAAAGGGUCUAUAGAGGCCUGGAAUAUUGGUGCGGACUCUGGCAGUACGCGUCGAUUUGCGCGGGUAUCGCAGAACGAAGUUGUGCAGCGUGCAAGUAGUAUUUUAAAAACAGUUGACAAUUCCAUAUUUAACAAAAUUAAAUCAAUUUGUCCUUUAUCUAGUGAUGAUAGCUUAAAUUUAAAUCUACUUGCCAUUACACAAAGCGGUGUACGAUUAUUUUUUGCUACUAGACCUCUGAGUUCAACUUUAAGUGCUAACCAACAAAUGCAACAAACACAAUAUUCUCAAACUCUACAGAAGCAGACUUCCACAAGCUUUUCAUCUACCGGUACUCCAGGUCUGGUUUCCACACAAUCGGCUCAAGACUAUAGCAAGCCUCAAGGAUUAUAUUUAUAUCAUGUUCGUCUUCCCCCCGGCUAUACACCAAAUACAACCAUAAACAAACCGAAGCAGGUUCACUCUGCAUAUUAUAGCGAAGGCACUCUACUAUUAAUUUCUACAUCGCAACAAGACCAAGAUCAUUUAUGGUCUAUAAGUUCAGCACCUUUUCUGAGUCGCCCAUAUUUGGCAGAAGCAACAGCAAUGCUUAACUUAGACGGAAUUGUUUGGAGUCUAGCUGAAGUUCGGGAUAAAUGUGAAUCUAAACUAAACUCAAUUUUACGUAAAGCAAAAAAACCGAAAAAGGUUGUAUUGUUGACUAAUCAAGGCGCUCAUAUUAUUGCUUUAUUAAAGCCUGUGGAUAUACUUCAGCAGUUGCUUACCACCUACAAUGGCCCUCAUAAUGAAGCUGUGAAAGCUUUCUUUCAAAUACAAACGGAAUGCGAGGCGUGUUCAACUUCUUUACUUAUAGCUUGUGCGGAUCAAUUUCGCAAUACAGAUUUGGCGUUAUGGGCUGCGCAGGCAUUUCUUCUAUACGGCGGUGAGCCUUAUUAUCACUACCAGAUGCUUGCAAAUACACAGGGUGCUACGUCAAAGAUAAAUCCAAUGCAUCCUUCAUUAAAUGUAGGCCACCAAGGUAUUGACCGUAGUACACCACAAAUGUUUGUUUCUACUCCUAUGCCACAUACUGCUGGUGGGGGUAUGCAAAUGCCGCGUUCGCCACAGAUUUCACAUUCAAUGCAGCAGUCACAGUACCCGUUGAGUCCUAUAUCAGGUCAAGAUGCUGGACACGAUGGUGGUUUGAUCGUCAAUGACUAUUCCACGGUCAUAUAUUCUGCCAAGCAUGACGGAUUGUAUUUGUACGUUGCACGUUUACUUCGUCCCAUUUGGAAAAAACGUUGCGUUGACUCGAAUUUAUGCAGCACAUUAACCCAGUGCGAUUGUACAUUAAUACUUGAAGACUUAUUUUCGCUCAAGGUUUUUAUGGAUGCUUAUAUCGUGAAUGAAAGUUCUGGUAUGACACGUAAUAUGUAUUCGGCUCAAACAACUAUUUCAAAUGGUUUUAGUCAUGUACUCCCAUCUCACAACCAGCUGACAACCCACGAUCAACGGAAUGCCACCGAGCAAGCACAAACGGAAGAGAAACAAUCCCUAAGCGCUUUGUAUCAAUUGGUUAAACAUGUUUGCGAAAUACUAUCACUGUGGAAAAUCCUAUGUGAGCAUCAGUUUCAAGUGCUGUCAACCCAAUUAGCAAAAGAAGAACAGACAAUUUUGAGUUCGUCCACAUUUCGCGAUCUCACUCUUACCCGUACUGAAUCCUGUGCUUUACUAAUAGCUGCGCUAAUUAAUUCAUAUCUUAAAGAUAAUGCGAGUGUUAGCAUCAUUUCUGCUAAAUUGAGGGAAGUUUGUCCCAACUUAUAUCGCCAUGAAGAUGCUGUCACCUUUAAGGCUACUGAAAUAUUGUUGUCUGCUAAAAGUUGUGAAGCAUCUGAUGCAAAGAAUGAAAAACUGCGUACAGCUUUACAACUCUGCAAAGAUGCUGCGCCAAAUUUGCCUCUACAAAACAUAUGCCAGCAAUUUUCUAUAGCCGGCUUUGGCGAAGGGGUUAUAGAAUUAACAGCAACAUGUGCAGCUAAAACCGACCCAGAAGAACUUGGUAUACGAUAUUACAACAGUGAUGAGCCCACCGAAGAUACGGAGGGAUAUGCCGCAUAUUCAGUCCGCAUGACAUGUUACAAAGAGGUCCGUUUGAUGUUGGAUACUAUAUAUCAAAAUUAUUGUAAUGCUAAUGAAACGCAGGAGUUUGAAUUGCAACGACAAAUUUGUGACACCAGCGAAAAUAGUUUCAGUGUUCAAAUACGCAAGCUAGUAAAUUUGGCCAUACAAAUAAAAGAUCCACUACUUCACAUCACUAUAUAUCAGUGGUUGAUGGCACAUGAUAUGAUAUCAGAGUUAUUGGCAUUACCUGAGCCAAGUCUGGGGGAAUUCUUGCGCCGUAAUGUACUAAAUAAUCCCGGAAAUCUUAAUUUAGUCGAUUUAUUGUGGAAGUACUAUGAGAAGAAUGGUCGCCAUGCAGAGGCUGCAAACAUUUUAGAUAAUUUAGCCAGCACUGAAAGCGAAUUAAUCUUACUUGAUCAACGUAUUGAAUAUCUAGCAAGGGCAGUUAUGUGUAUGCGCAAUGAUAGUUCGGGCUUUUCUAUAGCCAAUGGAAUCUUGCUUAAAGAGCUAGAGGAUAAACUUGAAAUAGCGCGUGUACAAAAGUGCAUACUAGACACUUUUUCUGCAUAUAGAACGCCGGACAACAACGUUUUACAAGCUAUAAAGAAACUCAAUUUCACAUUGUACGAUAUAACACAGCUCUAUCAGCAAUUUGCCGAUCCCUUUGAUUUGUGGGAAUGUAAGCUAACUAUUCUGAACUGCUCGCACCACAAUGAUCCAUUGUUAAUUGAAACAGUUUGGAGUCAAAUUAUUAAUAAGGCUGUCGAAGGUGCUGGAACCACACAAGAACGGUGCACACGCUUGUUUACUAAGAUAGAAUCGCUCGUAAAGGAGUUCCGCGAAUCUGGGCAUUGUUUCCCAUUAGCAUUUAUUAUUCGUGAGCUUGAAUUGAAGUCAUGUCAGCUCCGUUUCCCCGAAGGCAUCGUGCCUGAGAAGCUGGUUGCCAUGAAUAUAGAUAUUGAGCUUUUAAUGGAAUAUUACUUCAGAAUGAUUUCAAUGAAUGAACGUGUUUGGGCGAAUGAAGGUAACGAGUGGCAUCUUGUGCAAUCGUCUAUACGUGUGGUAACUUUACUAUGUGGGAACAUGCGUUCUAUAUGGCAUCGAUCGAAACGACGCAUCCUUGGAAAGGCGCAGGAUAUCGUAUCGACUUGUUUAAGUUUCUGUUAUCAAAAACCUGAUACUGAGCAGUUACGAAACUCUUUAAAAGCAUUACAAUGUCAACUGCAAGAUAAUUUAUUGUGAAGAUUUUAAUUCAUUUGUUAAACAAAAAUAAAUAUUUUAGAAA